AUGCCGAGCAUAGACGAGCUCCUGCUGGAGCAAGAGGCAGAUGACUGCAUUGUUCGCCCGGGAGGCGGCCAGACCCAGGAUAUCGACGAUUUAAAGCGCGAGCUUGAAGAGACUUUCUUGAUGCCCUCGCCAGAAUUCUCGACCGAGUGGCUCAACAGAUUACAGCAGCGAUGGGAUUUUGAAGCGGACUACUCCUCAUUAUUUAGAAUUGCACCAACACAGACACGAACCGUCACCCGCUUCCAACGCCAUGGCCUUGAAGGUCGGGUAACAGGCUACAAGAACGUUACAGUUCCGAUGAACAGCGCCACGGCCAAAAACUCGACUAGCUUCAGUCGAAAGCCCGCUAGCAGAGCCGAUUUUGUUCGCGGUGCAGCUGGAUUCUUCCCUUUUGCACCUGGCGGUCUUGAAGGAAUCGAGGCUACCGCAGCUCUAGAGGAUCAGAUCCAUUCCGGAGGAAAAGCCGAUGCCAGUGGAGGCGGUAACAAGCUCGACCGAGUUAUACAAUUCACCGAUGGAGGCCUCUUGCAAAUUGCACCUGGUCUAACUCGUGGCAUUACUUUCAAAAAGAACACAGACGAGCAACAAAAGGAUGCGGAAGCUAUCCAGGAAGCUCUCGAGGAGGAUCCUGAGGCAGCUGAAGAGGCAGAGGACGAUGGUGGAGCUCUCAAGGAAACACCAGAAUUAGACGACGAGGAAGACAGUGACGAUAUCGACGACCUGCUCCCCGUAGAGUUCCCUUCAUUAGAACCCCGCGGCGCACUAGCGAGCUCACGCGCAAAGAAGGCUGGCAAGGAAUGGGCACAUAUGGUGGACAUUCGACAAGAAAUGACCAACUUUAGGGAGCUCGUACCAGACAUGGCAAGAGAAUGGCCCUUCGAACUUGAUACGUUUCAGAAAGAAGCUGUCUAUCACUUGGAAAACGGCGAUUCAGUGUUCGUCGCAGCUCAUACCUCUGCAGGCAAGACUGUUGUCGCAGAGUACGCUAUUGCGCUAGCGGCUAAACACAUGACCAAGGCCAUCUAUACCUCCCCCAUCAAGGCUUUGAGUAACCAAAAGUUUCGCGACUUUCGUCAGACCUUUGACGAAGUUGGUAUUCUUACUGGUGACGUGCAAAUCGACCCUGAGGCAAGUUGUCUCAUCAUGACCACUGAAAUUCUGCGAAGUAUGCUGUACCGUGGUGCGGAUUUGAUUCGAGAUGUCGAGUUUGUUAUUUUCGACGAAGUACACUAUGUCAAUGACUUUGAGCGAGGUGUGGUGUGGGAGGAAGUCAUCAUUAUGUUGCCAGAGCAUAUUUCGUUGAUUCUGCUGUCGGCUACAGUGCCCAAUACACACGAGUUUGCUUCUUGGGUAGGAAGAACAAAACAAAGAGACAUUUAUGUCAUUUCGACCGCAAAGAGACCUGUUCCCCUUGAACAUUACCUCUGGGCUGGUAAGGAGAUGCACAAGAUUGUUGAUUCAGAAAAGCGUUUUAUCGAAAAGGGAUGGAAAGAUGCCCACGCUGCGGUGCAGAGCAAAGAAAAGCCCGCUGGCCAAAGCACAGUUGCCACACGCGGAGGCAAUCCCCGAGGAGGAGGUCGAGGCGGCCAGCAGCAGCGUGGAGGACAGCAGCAAAGAGGUGGUCGUGGAGGUGGCCAACAGCAGAGAGGUCGUGGCGGACCCCCUCGCGCCAGCCAUGCUCCAGGACACAUGGGCCGUGGAGGACGUGGAGGUGGAUUCUCCUCUGCUGCCCAAGACAAGAAUGUCUGGGUUCAUCUUGUGCAGCACCUGAAGAAGCAAACGCUUUUGCCUGCGUGUAUCUUUGUGUUUUCCAAGAAGCGUUGCGAGGAGAAUGCUGAUGCGCUUAGCAACCAAGAUUUCUGCAAUGCAACGGAGAAGAGUCACAUCCACAUGAUCAUUGAGCGCUCUAUUGCAAGACUCAAGCCGGAAGAUCGCCAAUUGCCUCAGAUUAUCCGCCUGCGAGAACUUCUCAGCAGAGGUAUUGCCGUGCAUCACGGUGGUCUCUUGCCUAUUGUGAAGGAAAUGGUAGAGAUCCUCUUUGCCCAAACCUUGGUCAAGGUGCUCUUUGCUACCGAGACAUUCGCCAUGGGUCUCAACCUGCCAACCCGUACUGUCGUCUUCUCAGGCUUCCGAAAGCAUGAUGGCCAGUCAUUCCGCAAUCUCCUGCCUGGUGAAUACACACAGAUGGCCGGACGAGCUGGUCGUCGUGGUUUGGAUAAGGUUGGCUCUGUCAUCAUUGUGCCUCAUGGCAACGACGAUGUGCCACCCGUUACCGAUCUGCGCAACAUGAUCUUGGGUGAGCCAUCGAAGCUUCGUUCGCAGUUCAGGUUGACCUACAACAUGAUUCUGAACCUGCUGCGAGUGGAGGCUCUCAAGAUUGAGGAAAUGAUUAAGCGCAGUUUCUCAGAACAUGCAACACAGGCUCUACUCCCCGAACACGAGAAUGAUGUCAAGGUGGCGCAAGCUGAUUUGGCCAAGGUCAAGCGCGAGUCUUGCAAAGUGUGCGAUGAAGUGGUGGACAAGUGCCAUCAAGCUGCGCAAGAUUAUAGACAACUGACUCUGGAGCUCUACAAGGGACUGUUGCGAAUCACAAUUGGACGCCGCAUGUUCCAGAGAGAACGACUCAUUGUUUUCAACUGGGAAGGUAUCCGAACUGUCGGUAUUCUGUUGACGGAGGGUGUGAGCCCGCAGAGCUCAAUUGAGGACCCUACGCUGCAUGUCUGCGCCCUUAAGACGAUUAGAGAUCGCCGCGAUGCGACGGAUCAACUUCCAUUCCUACCGGGUUUCCGCAAGUACCUGCAAAGACUGCCAACCGGUAAGCGACGCAUGCAGACCAAGGCGCUGCAUGUACCGCUGAGCGAUGUAGAGUGCUUGACGCGCUGGGUCUUGAAAGGAACAGUCCCCGAGAUUUUGAAGCGCGGUUCAGCGUACGCUCAGGCGAUGGAGAAGCUCGAGGAUGUUUGUUCAGCGUGGGAUGACCGCUGGGAUGAAGUCGACAUGGGCAAGAUCAAGAGCAUGCAGCUACAAGAGCUUGUUGAGAAGCGGGCGGAUCUGGUUAAGGAAAUCUCCAAGUCUCCCGCGACCAAGUGUCCCCAGUUCUUGAAACACUUUGCAAUGUGCCACGAUGAGUGGCUUAUCAAGGAACACAUUUCACUUCUGAAGCAGUCUCUGUCGGAUCAGAACCUCCAGUUGCUACCGGAUUACGAACAGCGAGUGCAAGUCCUCAAGGAGCUUGAUUUCAUUGACGAUGCGACCAGAAUCCAGCUCAAGGGCAAGGUGGCCUGUGAAGUGCACUCUGGAGACGAGCUUGUACUAACAGAACUUAUUCUUGACAAUGUCUUGGCGGAUUUCGAGCCCGCCGAGAUUGCGGCCUUGCUCUCGGCGUUUGUUUUCCAAGAAAAGACCAUGGUUGAGCCGGUCCUGACUGGUAACCUCGAGCGUGGCCGAGAUAUCAUUGUUGCUAUUUCUGAAAAGGUCAACGACGUGCAAACUCGUCUACAAGUCAUCCAGUCGUCGGACGAUUCGAAUGACUUUGUCUCACGACCACGAUUCGGCCUCAUGGAGGUUGUUUACGAAUGGGCACGAGGCAUGAGCUUCAAGAAUAUCACUGGGCUUACAGACGUGCUGGAGGGCACGAUUGUGCGCACAAUCACACGUCUUGACGAAACAUGUCGCGAGGUCAAGAAUGCUGCACGACUGGUUGGUGAUCCGGAGCUGUAUCAAAAGAUGCAGCAGGCUCAAGAGAUGAUUAAGCGAGACAUUACGGCUGUGGCCAGUUUAUACAUGUAA